AUGGUUUUCAAGUUCAUUAAUAAUCUUGCUCCAGACUACCUUGCAAAUAAGUUUAAGCUACGUUCUUGUGUUCAUGACUGGCAAACUCGAUCAGCUAGUACUCUGGAUAAACCCUUUUGCUGUCUGUCAACUGGUCAGAGAUCUUUUGCUUAUAGAGGAGCGAAACUGUGUAACUCAUUAAGCAGCAAUCUUAAGUUUUUAAAAUGUCCCAAGAAAUUUACGUUUCAAUUUACUUAGCUGUGUUACGAGUGAUCGUUAAGUGGAAAUGAUUGUCUGUAGCUAAACAGAACGUAGGAUGUCGGAACAGCAACAAAGAUGAUCUAUUCCAAAUCGUCACAGUAAAUACUGAUAUACGUUCUCUGCCAAACUUCAAAUAAUCACAACCGUCGUUAAACUCAACCUCAGUUACACUUUUGAGUAACCUCUACCUCUGUCACACUACUUAGCUUGUGAAAAACAAAUAAUACUUAACAGCAUGAGAUUCUGGAACUUUCUGGCCAACCUAAUUAUAGUAGCAUUCCAACGUUUUACUAUUUACAGCAUUUUACACGGGCUUGAAAAACUACCGAUGCGCAGUAAUGCGAAACUGAUUAAAUGUUCAAGAAACUUCUUGGCUUAAAUAAGCAUACUCACGAAACUUCUGAACAGUCACGGAACAAUUUUACGUAGCAAGCUGCUAUUAGGUUAAUUUCAUCAUUCAAUAUUUUUUUUCCUUUGAUAUAUAUAUUUAGCUGUAACUAUAGUUCUAUAUUCUUCAAUUUUAGUUUUAUUUCUUUUAACCUUAUCUUGUUGCUGAAAAAAUCAUUCAGGGAGCUUCAAUAAAGGUCUGUAUCUGAAUCUGUAAUUUCAGUCUUCUAUUUUGCGCAGACAUCUAAAGGGUGGAUUGCGCAGGAAUAUUGCUAAUGAGUACAAGUGCACCUGUUCCGAUGGAUACACCGGCAGCCAUUGUGAACAAGGGGGGUGGACGACUUUUUUAGACUGAAGCACAUAAGAUGUUUAUUUUGUUUUUAUCCAUCCUCAUGAAAUGAAAUAGCACGCACUUUUGCAGUAAUACCACAAUGCUCUCUGAUAUGCAGAUGUUGUUGGUACUUUGCUGAUAGGUCUAAUCUUUUCAGUGUGUUAGUUCUCAGCACGAACUGCCGUGCCAUGUUUCAACUUCUUGACAGCCUACAUACUGUGAAUGAAAAUAACAACAUUGUUUGUAUAAGCUAUCUAAAAUUAGUUCACUUUCCGGCCUGGGUAGACUUUAAAUUUUUCCUACUCAAUGCUUGUGACUCUGAAUUUUUAGCGUUUGUGUACUUACCUUGAAUCCGAAGGUAUCACACAAACGAAGGCGACUUCACUGAAACCUAACCUAACUUCUUUGACAUUGCAAUCCGUGGGAUGCUAAGCUUACAGAAUAAAAGAUUUAAAGGUGAAUCCUGAUAGUCGGCUAUUAUGCAAGUAUAUGUAUAGCGAUAUGAGAGAAAAGAGUUUUCAUUUGCGGCAACCCAAUAAGAUGCCAAGAGUUUAGAAAGAUCAGCUGCCUAUUUAUGCAGAAUAUGGCUGGAAGUCGAAUCGCAUUUAUCCUCAGCUCAAGUGUAACUGGCUAUGUGUAGUUUACUACAAAGUGUGUUUUAUUCUGAGAAUAAGUGUUGGUUACGAAGAGAGUUUUUCUUUUAAGAAAAUAAGCGCUGAAUAAAUUAUAAAGACACUUCUGGUUAUCCAUUAGUAUUUGAAAAACGGCAUUGAAGCUUCUAUAGUUCACAAUAACAUUUUAAUAAUAACAAUCGAUAAUCUGAAUCUGAAAUUUUAACUAAGUAUCAAUGAUUAACUUCACAGCGGCAAUGAGGCUUCUAGAGUUGACAAGAAAAUUUAAAUAACAACAACUGAUGAACUAGAUUUGAAUUUUAACGGAAGUCAUAAUUCACCAUUUUUUUGUUUUUAUUUUUCUUUCCUUGAAUAAGUUGAUAUAUUUGAGUGUUUAUUCAGACAGAAAUAACUGACGAAAUUAACACUUCGCACGGACAAAUAUGUCUAACAUAUAAUGAACGAUUACAAUAUUAAUUAUGCUAGAAAUAAGAGAGAUGGUAAGUUUUGAGCUCGGUAAAGAUAUAGAGAAAGAUGUUUUUUCGUCAUGUCGCGAGCGUGGGACAAAGAAAAAAAAGAAAAAAUUCUGAGUUCCCAUAAGGAGUCAAACCUCAGACCUUCGUAUUAGGCGCUCUGGUGCUCGAAAAUUUACCAUCUCUCUUAUUUAUAUCAACAAACAUUACGCUUUAAACAUUGCUGACCUCAGCAGUAUACAGGACACGUGUCAUAUGAAUGUCGUAAUUCACCGUGGAGUCUCUGUUGUUCAGUGGCUAGAGCAUCGGAGCGUGGAAUCCAAAGGUCUGAGGUUCGAUUCCUCAUUGGUACUCAGAAUUUUUUCUGUGUCCCACGCUCGUGACAAGAAGAAAAAACACCUUUCGCUAUUAAUUAUUCUGUUAUUCAGCUCUCAGAGCAUCCUUUCCACUUGACUAUAGUUGGAAAAUUUUUUAUAAACGUCUCUAAACUCUUUUUAUAUUAAUUGAGAUAUUUUCGAAUCUUUUACAAAACUGCGUGUACGCACCGAAGGCAAAGUCUCGACCGAAAUAAUAAUGAUAAUGAUAAUAAUAAUUUAUUACUUAUAUAGCGCAAAAUACAUGUGGAUACGAUCUAAAGCGCUAUUUAUCUAGUGCGCCAAGAAAAAAUAAAAACAAAUGAAUUUUUUCUGUGACUUAAGGCUUCACGGUCAAAAUAUUUCAUCUGGCAAGCAUGAUAUCCUGUGGUUUGCCAGAGAGACCCUUGAUGCGUUUCAGUUUAUUAUUCUUAUUUAUGAGAAUAUGUGUUGGUUACGAAGAGAGUUUUUUUUAACUAAGUAUCAAUUAUUAACUUCACAAAGACAAUGAGGCUUCUGGAGUUGACCAGAAAAUUUAAAUGACAACAACUGAUAAACUAGAUUUGUAUUUUAAGGGAAGGCGAAAUUCACAUUUUUUUUUUGUUUUUGAACGAUUACAAUAUUAAUCAUUCUUUUAUUCAGCUCUCAGAGCAUCCUUUCCACUUGACUAUGAUUGGAAAGAAAAAUAUUAAAUAAAUGUCUCUGAACUCCUUUUAAAUUAAUUGAAAUAUUUUCGAAGCUUUUACAAAGCUGCGUGUACACACCGAAGGUAAAGCUCGACCGGGAAAAAAAACCAAAUGAAUUUUUUUCUGUGUGGUGUUCUAGUUGGGUUAUUAAUAUCUGAAGUCGAAGUAUCUCAGGCUAUUCUUUGUAAGGAAGCGUCUCUUUCUUGUCCUGUGAUAACUCGCAAUCAUCGCCGACUUAAAGGCUUCACGUUCAAAACAUUUCACCUUGCAAGCCUGAUAUCCUGUGGUUUGCUAUGUCAGAGAGACCCUCGAUGCGUUUCAACAAAUUUUAGAAACGUUUUCAAAAGUGAGGGAACCUGUGAGUUGAACGACAGAGGAGCUCUCCUUACUGAGAAAGGAAACGAACUGGAAUACGACGAAGAAGCAAUUUACACUCAAUUUUACGACACGAAGGUAACGAAAAAAUCUUGA